AUGACUUCUCUUUCAUUAUCACUGGACCCCCAAGCCUUGGUCAAACUCCACGACGUCUUGAUCUGUCUUUCCAAAUUCAGUGACACAGUUGCCAUCGAGGCUGAGCCAUCUCUUCUCCGUCUAAGUGCACUCAAUUCCACCAAGACAGGGUUUGCCUCGUUUGGCUUUGAGAAGGAUGAUUUCUUCGAGGCGUACUCCUUUCAAUCCGGCAGUGAUGGCCGGAGCGGGAGUGGUGUCAUUGAUAGGUUCUUCUGUCAGAUCUACGUCAAGGCGCUUCUAUCAAUCUUCCGUGGGAGGAUAGAUAGAAAUAAGGACACUGCCGUCGAACGCUGUGAUAUGGAACUGCAUGAAGAUCCACAGCAGGCUGAAUGCAGAUUGACUGUGAAGAUGUUUUGUGGACUUGGUGUCAUAAAGUCAUACAAGCUCACUUACGAGCCGGCAGCGAUCCAGCAUGCCGUUUUUGACAAAUCUCAAGCAACAAGCGUGUGGGCGGCUGAUCCACGAUUCCUCAAAAAUCUUAUAGAGCAUUUCAGUCUAUCUGCUGAACAAUUGGAUAUGUACUCUGAUUCCGGCAGAGCAGUGUUCACGAGUUUUACUACGAAGGUCACCGAAGGCAAAGAAGUUUUGAAGCAUCCUGUACACACAUCUGUCGCAACAGACAAACUCGACUUCCAAGAGUACAUGGUCGAAGACAACAUGCAUGUGGCAAUCAAUCUAAAGGACUUCAAAGCCAUAGUCGGACAUGCCGAGACAGCAAACGCCACUGUGACAGCGCGCUUCACCAGGCCCUGCAGACCGCUUCAACUGGAAUACCGCUUCGAAGGAGUUCAUGCCGAAUUCACAAUAAUGACCCGCGGCCAAGCUGAUGAUGAUGUCUCAUCGUCACGGGCGACAAUACCACGGCAAACGCCCGUGCCUAUUCCUGUUCCAGCAAGGCUCUCUGAGCCACAGCCAUCAGCACCAAACACGAUGCCGCCUCCGCCGCCACGAAGCAGGUCCAUACGUCCUUUGAAUGGAUCAUCCACGCAGGAGAAUUUGAGUCAGAAAUCUCGUACAGACCGGCCUUUAGCGUCUGGCCUCUCGAUGGAUUUUGACAGUCUCUUUGUUCCUGUUGAUGAUGAUAGACAGUGGGACGAGAUGAACGAGGAGGAGCCGCAAGACAUUUUGGGGUGGGAUGCGUCGGGGACCCAGGAUGCUUUCGGGGCGUCGAUUCGUGAUGCAGAACCCGAGUUCAAGGGCAAUGAGCGAGCUGAAGAGACAGAUGAUGAGAUGGGCCUCCCGCCAACUCAGCGUUUGUCUCAGGUUCGUCAAUACGGUCUUUUCGACUGA